AUGAAGGUCUCUGCACUACUGAGUUCCAUUGCGCUGGGCGCACUGCCUGGUGCAAUUGCAGCUCCUGGAUUCAUCGAAAGAGAAAGUGAACAGCUCGCUGCAGACAUCAUUGUCCGCGCCCUCCCCAAUGCCCCGAAUGGAUACACUCCAACCAACGUGAGCUGUCCAGCCAGCAAACCAACACUUCGCAGUGCCGCCAAGCUCUCCUCGAAUGAAACAUCUUGGCUAGAAACCCGUCGCAAGAAGACCGUCACGCCUAUGAAAGACUUUUUCAGCCAUGUCUCUGUCGGCGGAUACGAUGUCGGUUCAUACAUCGAUAAGCACUCCAGCAAUAUGUCGAAUCUCCCGAAUAUCGCUAUCGCUGCGUCUGGUGGUGGUUACCGUGCUAUGUUGAACGCUGCUGGUGCUGUUAAGGCCUUUGACAGCCGUGUUGAGAAUGCUACUACAAAGGGGCAUCUGGGUGGUAUCCUGCAGUCGGCUACUUAUGUUGCUGGUCUGAGUGGUGGUAGCUGGCUGGUCGGCUCAAUUUUUAUCAACAACUUUACCUCCGUCGCAGAUUUGCAGACUUACGGCGAUGGUCAAGUCUGGGCGCUCGGUGAUAACAUUUUCGAGGGUCCCAAGACCGGCAGUAUUCAUGCGCUGGAUACAGUCGAUUACUACAAGGAUCUGGCAGAGGCUAUCGAGUCUAAGAGGAAGGCUGGCUUUGACGCCUCUAUUACUGAUAUAUGGGGCCGUGCUUUGGCUUUCCAGAUGUACAAUGCUACCGAAGGAGGAAUUGAUUACACCUGGUCGUCUAUUGCUGAGACCCAGGACUUCAUCGACGGCAACUACCCAAUGCCGUUGGUUGUCGCUGACAGCCGUAACCCAGGCGAGGUCCUCUCAUCAUCUUACUCAACUGUCUUCGAGUUCAACCCAUGGGAGUUUGGAUCGUUCGACCCAACAUUGUUUGGAUUUGCCCCUCUGAAGUACCUUGGCUCCGACUUUGAUGGCGGCAGCAUCUCCUCGAACGGAUCCUGUGUACGUGGUUUUGACAACGCCGGAUUUAUCAUUGGAUCAUCCGCUACUCUCUUCAACGAAGCCAUCACAGAGCUAGGCAGCAACUCGUCCUCGAUCACCGCUUGGGCUGAGGGCGUUCUCAAGGAUGUUUUCAACAGCGUUGAUAAGGCAGACGAUGACAUUGCCUCUUACAAACCCAACCCCUUCUACGGAUACAACAAGAACAUCUCGCCAUUUGCCAGCCAAACUACCCUGGACAUCACCGAUGGUGGAGAGGAUGGACAAAACAUUCCUCUGCACCCUCUCAUUCAGCCCGAGCGUGCUGUCGAUGUGAUUUUUGCCAUCGACUCCUCCGCUGAUACCUCACUUAGCUGGCCCAACGGAACCUCACUCGUAGCUACUUACGAGCGUAGCUUGAACAGCACCGGAAUUGGCAACGGCACCGCUUUCCCUGCUGUUCCAGACCAGAACACAUUCGUCAACCUGGGUCUGAACACUCGCCCUACCUUCUUCGGCUGCAACAGCUCUAACAUCACCGGUCCCUCUCCCCUGGUCGUGUAUCUCCCCAACUACCCCUACACUUCCCAGUCCAACACCUCCACCUACCAAAUGACCUACGAGGACUGGCAGCGUGACAACAUCAUCACCAACGGAUACGAAAUCGCCACUAUGGCCAAUGGUACUCGCGACGGUAACUUCACUGCUUGUGUUGGCUGUGCCAUCCUGAGUCGUUCCUUCGAGCGUACCAACACUGAUCUUCCCGAAAUCUGCACACAGUGCUUUACAAAUUACUGCUGGAAUGGUACCACCAACUCCACCCAGCCUAACGAGUAUGAACCCUCAGACUUGAUGGUAUCCUCAGAUGCUAGCUUCAUGAUGCCUACCAUCCUCUCUUCUGUGAUGGCAGUCAGCGUGACUCUUUUCACAUUGGUGUAG